AUGGCUCCAUCACGUUGUUGCUGGUUCCCAAUCUACCUCAUAGCCUCUGUCACACUAGGCAUCAUAGCAAUCACCUCAGCAAUUCACUCAAACUCCAAACCUACCCCUCAAGAAAUCCCCCCACAAACUCACACUCUCUCAACAAACGCAACCCAAGCUCUCAAAACCGCAGGUUUCACUUUCAUGGCUGAUCUUCUUCACCGUUCACCACCCUUCUUUCUUCCACCACAAAACUCCACUUUCUUUGCCAUCAAAGACUCCGCUAUCACCAACACUUCACUCCCUCUUUGGUUCCUCAAAAGUCUCCUUCUUUAUCACACCUUCACUACCAAACUCACCAUGCAAGAGCUUCUGAACCAAUCACAAGGAACUUGUAUCACAACCCUUUUCCGCCAAAAGAAUGCUUCCCUAACAAAAAUCGAAACUUUGCAGGAAACUGUAGAGAUUAACCGUGUUUCGAUAUCAAACCCUAAUUUGUUUCUUGGCGAACAAUUCAUCAUUCAUGGUGUUGUUGGACCUUUUUCUUCCAUUCAACGUGAAGAUUUACAAGGUGGUUCCGAUUUCAUUCAUUCACCUACCUGUCCUUCAUCAUCAUCAUCAUCAUCAUCACCAUCACCAUCAUCAUCUGAUACAAACUCAACAUAUACUGGUGCCGAAUUCAAGAAAACCGUCGAAUGGAAUCGAGUUAUUCACUUUCUUGGUUCAAAAGGUUAUUCAUCAUUUUCAAUCGCAUUGCAUUCAGUUCUUGAAGGGCUUCUGAAAGAGUCAGUGAAUUUCGGUUUUGCUUCCGUUACAAUCUUUGCUCCACCAGAUGUGAAUUUACUGAGUUACCCUUCAGCAUUGCUUUAUAGAGCAGUGAAGAUUCACAUUCUGCCUCAGAAAUUAACUUACAAAGAACUCAGCCUUUUUCCUGUUAGGACUUUGUUGAAGACUCUUAUGCCUGAUGAUCAUCUUGAAAUUGAUGGAGUUCUUGGUUUUAUGGCAGGUGUUGUUAUUAAUGGGAUUGAGAUUGUGAAACCUGAUAUGUUUGUUUCUGAGAAAUUUGUGGUUCAUGGAAUUUCUAGAGCUUUUAAGUUGGCUGAGAGUAAUGCUUGA